UUUGCACGGUGGUGGAGUAGUAGUUGUGAGUUGCGACUGGAGGCGACAGCAGGAGCAUGGGCGCGGGCGCGUCGGACCUGGCGGGGACGGAUCCCGGCAAGGUCGCGCGUGCCGGGUUGGAUGACCUGCCGGAGCUGUGCGCGGCAGAGCUGCUGCUCUACCUGGACGCGCCGGACAUAUGCCGGCUCGCGCGGCUGAACCGUGCCUUCCGUGGCGCUGCGGCGGCGGACUUCGUGUGGGAGGCGAAGCUGCCGGAGAACUACGGUUAUCUCAUGCGGUUCCUCGAUGGUGCGGAGGAGGGAGAAAGGGGAGGAAAGAGCUGCGGGAUGGGGAAGAAGGACAUCUAUGCGAGGCUCGCGAGGCCUGUGCCGUUUGAUGAUGGCAAAAGGGAAUUCUGGUUGGAGAAGAGCAAAGGCAGAAUUUGUAUGGCGCUGUCAUCGAAAGCGAUGAUGAUAACAGGGAUUGAUGACAGGAGAUAUUGGGUUCACAUGCCAACCACUGAAUCUAGGUUCCACUCUGUUGCAUAUCUUCAGCAAAUCUGGUGGCUUGAGGUGGUUGGAGAAGUUGAUUUCUGCUUCCCUGCGGGAACCUACAGCCUGUACUUCAGGCUUCAUCUUGGAAAGUCUUCCAUACGUUUCGGCCGCCGAAUUUGCUGCUCGGAGCAAAUCCAUGGCUGGGACAAGAAGCCUGUACGGUUCCAGUUUUCUACAUCAGAUGGUCAGCACGCCUUGUCCCAGUGCUACUUAGAUGAUCCAGGAAGUUGGAUUCUAUACCAUGUUGGUGAUUUCGUUGCAUCAAGUUCUGAACAACCAAUCAAGCUGAAGUUCUCGCUAGCCCAGAUCGACUGCACUCAUACGAAAGCCGGUCUGUGCGUCGAUUCAGUGCUAAUAUAUCCGAAAGGCUUCGAGCCAGAAAGGGUGAUCAGGGCUCAGAAGUGAGUUUGUACACUUGAUAGAGUUACUUUACAGUAGAGUUGUAGACAGAUAUGAGUAGCCUGCCGUUUUUAACUUGGGCUGAUCGUAUGGUUUGAAGUCAUUUGUACAUAAUUGUAGGCUGAGAUUUUUCUAUGAUAACAUCUAGGUUCUGUAUUUUUGUAUGACUCGUGGUGGUCAUGGUGCUAACUGCAGAGUGUUUUGUAUCGAGCUCAAUUGUCUUU